GCAGAGCUGCUCAGGAUGGAGCUUGCAGGCCAUGUGGUCGGUGAGGAGGGCAGGCACUUGGAUGAGAUCUCUUCAAAAUCAACAGAGUAUGUGAAGAAAAGGAAGCUCCUGACCUACCAAGUCAUCUGUGCUGUCCUGCUGUGUGCUCUGGUGGUUGUCUCGCUGGGACUAGGUCUGGGCCUAGGCCUGGGCCUAGGAGCACAGCAGGAGCAAACCAGCUGUAGGCACAAGUGCCACGACCCCGCCGGGGCUGGGGCGCGAGGCUGCCGCUGCGACAGCGCCUGCCAGGAGCGGGGGGACUGCUGCUGGGACUAUGAGGACACCUGCCUGGAGCCAGCCCGGUCGUGGAGGUGCAGCAAGUUCCGCUGCGGCGAGGCGCGCCUGCCGGGCAGCCUCUGCGCCUGUGCCGAGGACUGCCUGGAGAAGAAGGACUGCUGUGCCAACUACUACACCGCCUGCAGAGGUGAAAAGCCUUGGGUAGAAGAGCCAUGUGAGUCACUGGAGACUCCUCAGUGUCCCUUGGGGGAGACUCCCCCACCACUUAUCCUGUUCUCCAUGGAUGGCUUUAGAGCAGAGUACUUGCACACCUGGAGCUCCUUGCUGCCAAACAUAGCCAAAUUCAAAACAUGUGGCACACAUCCAAGCUACAUGAGAGCUGUUUACCCCACCAAGACCUUCCCAAACCACUACACCAUUGCCACAGGGCUGUACCCAGAGUCCCAUGGCAUCGUGGACAACAACAUGUACGACGUGACCCUGGACAAGCACUUCUCGCUCUCGGGGCCAGAGAAGCUCAACCGCCAGUGGUGGAAGGGGCAGCCAAUCUGGCUGACAGCAAUGGACAAUCUCCUGAGAGCAGGCACCUACUUCUGGCCAGGCUCUGAUGUCCCCAUUAAUGGAUCCUACCCCACCUACUACCAUGUCUACAAUGGCUCAGUGCCAUAUGAGCAGAGGAUUUCAGGGGUGCUGGAGUGGCUGGAUUACCCCCAGCCCAAGAGGCCUCAUUUCUACACUUUAUACAUUGAGGAACCAGAUUCUUCUGGCCAUUCUUCUGGACCAGUCAGUGGCAGUGUCCUCAAAGGCUUGCAGGCAGCAGAUCAAGCCCUGGGGAUGCUGAUGGAUGGACUGAGGCAAAGGAACCUGCACAAAUGUGUCAACAUCAUCGUUGUGUCUGAUCACGGGAUGGAGGCCACCAGCUGCCAGCAGCUGGAGCUGAUGACUGACUACUUCGAGCAGAUCGAUUUCCACAUCUACAGUGGGCCUGCAGCUGGCAUUCGAGCAGCCAAGGUGCCAGAGGACUACUUCAGCUUUGACUCAGAAGGAAUUGUUAGAAACCUCACAUGCCAGAGGUCUCCUCAGCACUUCAAGCCCUACCUGACGCCCGACCUGCCGAAGCGCUUCCACUACGCCAACAACAUCCGCAUCGAGCGAGCGCACCUGCUGCUGCGGCGGGGCUGGCAGGCCGCCGGGGACAACACUUACACAUUCUGUGAUGGAGGCAACCAUGGCUAUGACAACAGGCUGAAAAGCAUGGAGGCUAUAUUCUUAGCUUAUGGCCCAAGCUUUAAAGAGCAAACAGAAGUGGAGGCUUUUGAGAACAUAGAGGUUUACAACCUUAUGUGUGAUUUGCUGGAGAUUGCUCCAACAGGAAACAAUGGAACCCAUGGCAGCUUGAAUCACCUCCUGAAAAAGCCCUUCUACAACCCUUCCCAUGCCAGAGAGCAGGCAGCUCCUUCUGCAUGUCCAGUUUCCCACCUGAUUCCCACAGAUGACCUGGGAUGCAGGUGUGAGGCUAUAACAAAUGUUUCACAAGCAAACCAGAGGCUAAAUCUCACCACAGAAGAGGUGUCUGAGGCUCACUCCUAUCACCUGCCAUAUGGGAGACCCAGACUUCUUCAGAAGGAGAAGACCUACUGCCUCCUUUCCCAUCACCAGUAUGUGAGUGGAUACAGCUAUGACAUCCUGAUGCCUCUGUGGACUGCAUACACUCUGAACAAGCCUGAAAACACAUCUGCUCUGCCUCCCACUGCUGCAGACUGUCUGCGGGCUGAUGUCAGGAUCCCUGCUGCCCGGAGCCAAAAUUGUUCUGACUACCAAGCAGCUCUGCCCUUCACCCGCAGCUUCCUCUACCCUCCCAACUUCAGCUCACCUGCUGCUGCGCAGUAUGAUGCUUUACUCACCACCAACAUUGUUCCCAUGUACACAGCCUUCAGAGAGAUCUGGGACUAUUUCCAUGAUGUGCUUCUGCAGCAGUAUGCCAGAGAAAGGAAUGGAGUCAAUGUUGUCAGUGGGCCGGUGUUUGACUACGACUAUGAUGGCCACUUUGACGCUCCGGAGGACAUUGAGCAGCAUGUGAAUCACACAGAGAUCCCUGUCCCCACCCACUACUUCGUGGUGCUGACCAGCUGCAAGAACAGGUCCCACACUCCACUCAACUGCUCAGGCUCCUUGGAUGUUCUCUCCUUCAUCAUCCCCCACCGAGCUGACAACUCUGAAAGCUGUGCUGCAAACAAAGCCCCUGCUGAGUGGGUUGAAGAAAGAGUCUGGGCUCACACGGCGCGGGUGCGGGACGUGGAGCUGCUGACGGGGCUGGACUUCUACCAGGACAGGCAGGAGCCCAUCCCACAGCUCCUCAGGCUCAAGACAUUUUUGCCAAUGUUGGAGACUGAAAGUAACUGA